CUCCUGGUGCCGUGAUCCGCGUCGCGCCCGGAGCGGGGCACACGGGCUGCUGCGUUGCAAUCCUGCACGCUGGCCAUUUUGUGAUUUAAUUUUUUUGAGUUCUGCGCUUCGUGCGUGCCAGGUUCCCGCGGCCCGGCGCGCCGCCGCCACCUUCUCGAACUGCAGGCGAGGGGCGGGUGGGGGCGCGUUACAUCCCCGCGGGGAGAAGGGAGGCCGGGUUCCCGGGGUUGGCCUGAGUAGGCGGAGGGGCCUCCUGGCAGAUCCAGAGGCUGCCGGGCCGGGUCCCUUGCGACGCCCGGCCCCAGGCCUUCCUGAAGGGAACCUUUGCGCCUGGCCCCUCUAUCGCCCUCACUUUCUUGCUUUCGUCAGCCCCUCUCCCUCUCGGCCAGUUGAAACGAAAGACCUCAUUCGCCCGUUACCCCUUCCCUCCAGUGAGGAUCCGGCUUGUACUUAUUUUGAUCGGGAGCCGGGCUAAGUGUUCUGGUGGAAAGGUUCUCUUAAUCUAAGUCUUGUAAAUCCAGCCAUGUACUCUACAGCGAAGUUGCAGUGCUCCACAAUUUAACCUUUAGGCUCCAGGGAGUGCGCGCGCUUUCUCCCUCCCUCUCGCUCUGUCUCUCUCUCAAAUACAACUUUUAGAGUCUUCUGAGAACUGUAAGCAUUAGAUUAUCUUUGAGAUAAUUCUUAAGUUAGCGCCUUCGGGCAGCUCGAUGGGAGGUUGAAAGAGAAGGCUUUACACUUUUUCCUCCACCUGUAUCACCAUUUGAAAUGGAAAACGUUGACUUGACGGUGAUUUUCCACCAAGAGGUGGGUUUCACAAUGCAGCCCCCGAGUGCUGUGGCUCACCUUGGUUGUUUGGUGCUACCUCUGAAGUUGAUUUUAAAGCCCAAUGUAGUGGUCAGAUAAAGGAGCUGCUGAAAAGAAGGUCAGAAUAAUUCAGUAGAGCCAUUUUAUUGCAUUCUGUUAACCUGUUUAAGUAAGCUAAAGCGUGGCAGGAGUUUCACCUAGGAACCCACGUACCAAGUGCUAUGGUGAAUUUUAAUGCAUUCCAGGUCUGAUGUGGAAUAGAUUCUCCUUAGCUCUUUUAUUGUAUAUUUUCCUUAGGAUCUUGUAUUUAAUGAAACAGUUUGAGUAAGGAGGGUUGGAGGAGUACGUUUUGAAUCAUGAGACUUUCUUUGACAAACUUGUAAACUAAAUGGCUAAAAUAUGAACCAUGAUACUGAGAUAAAAAUAAGAAACUGAAUUUUUGGCAUUAUCAGUUUGAGAAGUUGACUUCUUUACUCCUGUUUUGAAACCCUGUUGACAUUUUAAUCUUAUGUACUACAGAAGUACAGAAUUUUCUGUUUGUAAGGGACUUUCGCAGUUUAAUCCAAACCCAUUAUUUCACAGGGAGAAAUUAAAGUUUCUUGAAGAUAUUUAACAACAGUUAAAUAGAACUGGUUGGCUUAAUGAACUGAAAUGAACACUUAAGUAUACAGUUUAGACCUCUCCGAUGAAUACUCUUGUGCCAAAAUUUGUUUUGAUUAUGUUAUCUUAAGAAAAGACUAGUAAUUACUAAAUUUUCUUUUUUCUUUUUUCCUGUUUUGAGUAUACGCCUUAGUUUAUGAUUUAGACCCAUUAGAUACAAAUGACAAAUUAUGUAUAGUUGGGAAAUGUUACAUUCCAUCAGUUGAAUAGUACUUUCCAGUUUGAUUGAAAUUAGUAAUUAUUUUCACUCUAAGAACGUUUGUUCAUAUUCUUGUUUCAGAUAGUCUGUUUCAAUUUUAGGAGAGUGGCAGUUCAAGAUCCUCAUAUAUAAGACUCUGGUGUAUGUAAUCUUGAUAUUGAUGAGGAGGAAAGGUGCUAUACGCAUGUAGUAAUUGAAUUCCAGUUCCGGAGCCAACAUCACUUUUCUUGGUGGGCCUCAGAUGCAGAGGUCCUGAAGUCCUGGCUAAGGCAGGGUGAAUUCUUUGCAUAUGCACCACAGUGUUUAGGCAUUUAGCAAAUACUUUUUGGUAAAUACUUGUGUACACUUUACCUGGUGACCAGGUCUUAUUCUUUCUGUGUAAGCCUCGUGUCUAGUGCUUGUGGUCAUUUUGGGCUCAAUCAAACUUAAGGGAGCCAAGUGCCUGGAAGUCAUGAAUCAUGAUAUUGUAAACUUGAAAUCAUUCCAUUUCCAUAUACGUGCUGAAUCAAAUAUUCUAUUAAGUUAAAUUCCAGUAUUGGAAGAGGUAGCAGGUAUCAAAUAUUUUAGAAAAAUUGGGGGGAGAAACUUAACAUUGAGAAUUUCAUUCUUUUAACAUAUGUUACUCACUGUGAAGUUGGGAAAAAGGAGCAUUAUUUAAAUUUUUUGAUAGGUCACCUCUGUAGAGCUGAAGUAAUGUGAAUUUUCUAGUGAAAUUUUCCACUGGAGCAAAGUUUGACAGGCAUCUAUUGAGUGACCCUCUAAUUGUUACCGUAGGCCACAUUUUAAAGUUUUGGUUUCACUUUAUAAGGGUAAACAUUUUUCAGCAUAUAGACCUUUGUAAGGAGCAUGACUUUUGGAGUCCAGACUACCUUGGCAGGCUGUCCUGAAAUGAUGUAUUAAACAGUUUCAGGCUGUAUUCGAUACGGCAUUCUGGUGAUACAGUAAAAACAAAAGAACAAAAAACCCGAAAAACUCACUGUAUUUUCUUUUUUUCUUAGGCUUAUCUCUUCUUUCUUUAAUAGAUCAGAAUAGUGUGUUUUGUUUAUUUAAAAUAAAAAUUGAGGAAAAGUUUCAAGCAUUUCUUUUGGGAAGUACCACCACUCCACCCUUUGAAUAGCUUUGGAAAAUAAUGUUUGAGCAAAUGCAAGAUUAUGUGUACCCCGAGUGUUGAAACUGAAUCUGUGCUCUUCCUGGUGGUGUUCUCAGCACUCAGUACAGUGCCUGGCAAAUAGCAGGUACCUCUGAUUAGAUUGGAUAUAUGUAAAGAGGGAAAUCACUGUUUCUGGAUCAUCAGGUUGUGCUUUAAGAAGACUAUAGGGAAGAACACAUUUUCUUCUUGCCACAAAAGUUGCAAUAGAAAAUCUGUGAAGUCUUAAAAGGACCGAUGAGUAUUCUCAUCAUUGAAGCAUUCUAUGGAGGGUCCCAUAAACAGCUGGCGGAUCUGCUCCAAGAAGAGUUAGAAGACUGUGUCCUUUAUUCCCUUCCUGCAAAGAAAUGGCAUUGGAGAGCGCGCACAUCGGCUUUAUACUUCUCCCAGAAUAUUCCCAUCAGUGAACAGUACAGGAUCCUCUUUGCAAGCUCAGUGCUGAACCUGACUGAACUGACUGCCCUUCGGCCUGACCUUGGGAAGUUGAAAAAGAUUCUGUACUUCCAUGAGAACCAAUUGGUAUACCCCGUCAAGAAAUGUCAGGAGAGGGAUUUUCAGUAUGGAUACAACCAAAUUCUCUCAUGCCUGGUGGCUGAUGUGGUGGUAUUCAACUCGGUUUUUAACAUGGAGUCAUUUCUCACCUCUAUUGGAAAAUUUAUGAAGCUGAUUCCUGAUCACAGACCCAAGGAUCUGGAAAGCAUCAUCAGACCCAAGUGCCAAGUUAUUUACUUUCCCAUCAGGUUUCCUGAUGUGAGCAGGACCUUUUCUCUUCUCAUUAACACCUCCACCAGAAUUGGAGCUGGGGAAGAGAAAGGAAAUGUUCAGACAUGUGCCUAUUUGCAUACUCACUCUCUUGAGUUAAUGCCAGGACGGCAGCACAUUCUGUCCAGUUCAAUAGAAAAGCCAGUUUCACCCCAUCGAUUCAUGCCCAAGCACAAAACAAUCCAUCUACAGAAGAUUCUCAGCCUUAAAGGAAAUGGUGGUGCUGCUCCAUCGAUGGCCCCUGCUUUCCACCAGGAGCAGAAAGGUUCUGAGAAUCUAUUGAAGAAUUUUAAUUCAGAGUCUGGACCCUGUAAUGCUGCACAACAAGAAAACCUGGGUAGCUCAUUAACGCAGGAGCCAGACUUGAGAAUGUGCCACUCAUCAGAUAAUUCGAGCUCUCUUCAUGAGGAAGAUAAACAAAAUACGACUUCUAGUCCCUGUGACAUUUUCGGUGGAAUUGACGAUCCACAAAGACCACUGCACAUUGUGUGGCCUCACAGGUGGGAACAUGAUAAAGAUCCAGAGAGUUUUUUUAAGGUAUUAAUGCACCUUAAGGACUUAGGACUCAAUUUCCAUGUGUCUGUCCUUGGAGAAACCUUCACAGAUGUCCCAGGUUGGAAGCUGUGUAUUGUGGUUGCUACCCACUCUGUCCCAAAGAUUUGGUUUAUCCUGAAAUAUUUCCAGCUGAAUAUCUGUAUUCUACACCUGAACAGCUUUCAAAAAGGCUCCAGAAUUUCUGCAAGAGACCAGAUAUUAUAAGAAAACAUCUUUAUAAGGGCUGCUGAUCACCAUUUCUCACUAAUUCCUGUAACAUUACAAACUCAAGAUGGAAAACCAUAGUUCUGGAAACUCCCUUUUGAAAGGUAAUGGGAGGAAGAAAAAGGAUGAUGUUACAUGAGCCAGUCCUCGCGUCUUGGAAAAUUCAGAGCUGUGUGGUAGAGCACAGAGCUGUCUGAGCUCCUAGCCACAGUACCUAUCUCCCAUACUGGCACCUGUUCCCUUUCCUCUUGAAGACAGGGUGAAUUGUGGACUCUGUCCUUCAUUGCGAUCCAUAGGAGGGAGUUCUCUCUCAUGUCUUUGGAAUUCCUAGCUGUACUUGAGGUAUGUAUGACUUCAGGGACCAGGAUCCUCUCUCACCCUACUGGGCCCAUUUUCCGUCAGUGGAAUGUGGGGCCAGUGUCUUCAGGGACCCUCCCAUUAUCAUUACCCGAGUGAUGAUGCCUUCUUCUCCCUUGCAACUCUAUGGUUAUGAGUUUCAACCCUAAGACAGGUUCAUAAUUGUUCUCACAAAUGAAUGUGAGGAAUUGCUUCUCCUUGGGAGAUACUCCAAGAUGCUUGUUACUCUCCUAACAGUUACUGCAUUUUUAAAUAGCUGACCUAAGGUGGCGUGCCAGAAGGGACUUCUGGGAAUACUUGAGCGAUAUGUUUCUCUUAGGAAUUUGAAGUCCUUUAUAUUUGACAAUUUAAGAUUUCCAUGAUCACCUCACAAAUGAGAAAAUUAAGGGGUCGUCUAAAGGCAUAUUUAGGAACCAGACUAUGUUGUAGAAACAGAGACUUUUUGUAUAAGCCUUCCCCUCCAUGGGAUGGUGUCAUUGUCACCGAUGUGUCUUUCAGGAAGCACCAAGGUCAGUGUGCAUGACUAUUGGACCCCUAGGCAAGAGAGUGCAGGGGGUAGCAGGGAGCUGCUUUGUGGCCUAUGUUGUUGGUCUUGAAAGAGGCAAGAGAGACCAUGCAGUGAAGCCAAUGUUGUGUCUUUAUUGUUACUAUUACUGCACCUGCCGGGAGGCAUUCAGCCUCGACAUCCAUCAUAGGGCCCACCAUGCCCUGUGGUCUUUACACGCGGCUUUAUGCAUAUAGGUACCUUCCCUGGCCCUCCUGGUAAGCAUUUGCUUUUGAAACCUGUGGAGAAACUGAGGGCCUAAAGAGAAGCCCAGUUGCCGUGGGUCCCCUGGUAGUAGAGGCAGGUGUAGAAACAGCUUCUUGCAGAAGGCCACGGUCAAUUCAAUUGGUCGAGACCACCCUUGAGGGAAAGGGGCAAAUCUCUCUCUCUCUCUCUCUCUCUCUCUCUUUUUCCUCCCCUCCUUCUUCCUUCUGCUUCUUCUACUGGCAGAAGGAACAUGGGUCGAUAAGUUGCCAGUACCUUUCCAUAGAUUUAUUUCAUGUUACUCCUGGCCACAUUUGUAUUCUAAGUGACCAUAGAGGGAGGAAUGUAUAAGAAUUGAUUCCUGGCACUAAAAUUUCUGACUCUCUGGCACCUGCAGUACUUCUGGAGAGCUGAGCCUUCUCUGUUGCCUUUCACCUCAUACCAUGAUGAAGUUGCUUAUCCACAUAGAUGGGAGGCUGGCCCUUUAUCCAGAGGCAGCCCCCACGAUCUCACCUGGUGCACAGAGAGGGUCUAGGAUACAGGGGGCAGGUGGCAUUGGCGGCAGAGGCACCUUUAAUUGUGCAGCAUAGGGACUGCUUCCUCUCAUCCCCAAUAGAUAACCCAGAAAUUACAUCCUGAAACUUAUUUCCCCAGAAAGAAAAGGAAGGGGAGGGAUAACUUAAAAAGAAGAUACUUCUAAUAUGGUAUUAGACUGUAAUUCAUAGGGAAAUUUAUGCCUGAGAUAUGAAUUUCUGAAAAUAGGGUUUUUUUUAAAAAAGAGAAACACUGACACAUCCUUAAUUAUAGAGUAAUAAAUACCAAUGGUAUAUUAUCUUCUGAUAUUUCCUUACACAGAUAUCAAAGCAUGCAGCUGUUUUUGAAAACUGAUAAUCAAGUACAAUGUAAGUAUAUUACAUCUUGUACUUACAACACUCCCUUCAACUAAGCAACCUCAUGGAGUACUUCACAGUGAGAACCAGAGCUGCUCAUAGUAGAAGCCUAACUGAACAAAUUAGCCUUGAAUUGUAACUUAAGAAUCGUAGUCAAACCGAAAUGCCUGUCCUUGCCAGGAAAGGCAUUCCAAAGGAAAAGAGCAUGCCAAGUAAAAAGCCUUUGCUUCAGGAUUAUGGAGGCAGUUCUCAAAAGCCAGCGUAACUUAAUGAUCAAUCAGAAAAAUAUAGAGCAGUAACUACACAACAAGAAAGAUGUGUAAAAACUGUACAAAGCGUUAAUCGUGAAUGGGGAGGUAGAGUGGGAUUUUAACAGAAAGUAUUACACUCUUAGAAAGCUCUAUUUAUUGCUUUUAAUCCAGGCAGCAAAAGAAAGACCAACAUGGUCAAAGAAAAGUAUGUGGACAAAUGUGGGGGGCAGGAAAGGAAAUGAAGGUCAAACAAGGCCAAUAUGAUUCAGAAUGAAAAGGAGGGAGGAAAGUAUAAGGAGCCAGCUGCAAUUACUAAAUGUUACAUUAAGAAGAGCUGAAAUUGAGAGGGGGAGGUAUGGGUAUUUUACUAAGUGGAUUAAUGUCCUCUUCUUGGGGUGUCUGAAGUUGCAGAUUUUAAUUUAUUUGGUGCAGGGUUUUCUUGUGAAAUUCUUAAGGGGGUGGAGGGAUAAGUAGGGACAAUUAUAAACAGAAGGUAGAAAAGGGGAACAUACCAUACUUUUCAUCAAUUUAACUAAAAUAAACAGGGUUUGAAGCCACGGAGAAAGGUAGUCAACAAAAUAUUCAUUAUAAUAGAACUUAAAGGAGAAUUAGAGGUACAUACAAAAAAACAAAGACAAAAACACCCACAGAGAUGUGUCAAGCCAAGGAUUUUGAGUGACUUAGAGGCUAGUUUAUUGCUGCUCUCCUUUCUCCACCCAUUAAAAAAAAUAAAUCAUAACUCUGGCGUGUA